AUCUUUGGGACUUUUGGGGCUUUUUCUUCUCUCUCAUAUGCUCGAGAAAUUUCGCGGCUUCUUCUUCUCUUCUGAAACACUCCGGGGAGAUUCUACGAAACCCGCCGCCGCAUAAGUCACAGAGGGAAGUUUUUAGGAGGAAAGGAGAAAUAUUUGCCGUCGCAGAUGGUUACAGGCGUGGGCUCCGCCAUGGCGGAACGGUUAAAGGAAGACGGAAACAAUUGCUUUAAGAAAGAACGUUUUGGUGCUGCCAUUGAUGCUUACACCGAGGCAAUAACUUUGUGUCCAAAUGUUCCUACUUUUUGGACAAAUCGAGCACUUUGCCACAUGAAGCGAAAGGAUUGGACUAAGGUUGAAGAGGAUUGUCGCAAGGCUAUUCAGCUUGUCCACAAUUCCGUCAAGGCCCACUACAUGCUAGGGCUUGCAUUAUUGCAGAAGAAGGAAUAUACCAGUGGAGUCAAAGAGUUGCAAAGGGCUUUAGAUCUUGGAAGAGGAGCGGAUCCAACAGGAUACAUGGUAGAAGAUAUAUGGGAAGAGCUUUCUAAAGCAAAAUACAUGGAGUGGGAACUGCUUUCUGCAAGGCGCUCGUGGGAAUUGAAUAGUUUGAAGGAAACUUGUGAGGCUGCUCUAAAUCAACAACGUGCUUUAGAUAUGUGUCGAACAGAAGAAGAAGAAGAGACAAAAGAGUCCUCUCAAGAAGCCUACAUUGCCCAUACUGAGCGUUUGAAAUCUCUUGAACGUGUGUUUGAGAAGGCUGCGGAAGAAGAUAAACCAUCUGAGGUGCCAGAUUAUUUGUGUUGCAACAUAACUCUUGAGAUAUUCCGAGAUCCUGUAAUAUCUCCAAGUGGGGUUACAUAUGAAAGAGCAGCGAUCCUUGAACAUCUCAUGAAGGUGGGGAAGUUUGAUCCUAUAACGCGUGAAAAACUUGAGCCGUCCAAGCUCGUUCCAAAUCUAGCUAUAAAAGAGGCAGUGGCUGCUUAUCUAGAAAAACACGUCUGGGCUUACAAGAUUGGUUGCUGAUCAAAUGAGGAUUCACAUGCACAAUGACUGAGAACGAGGCUAGCUACUUGAUGAAAGAAGAACAUAUCAGAUGUGUUUUAAUUUUAUUUUUCUUAGCUGAUGUUUUCAAGUGUAAGAUUCUCUGCCGUGUAUAUAUAUACAAUGUUUUUUGUGCACCCUGCACACAUUGGGCGUUAGGCUUAGCCUAUACACACAUUGAGGAAAGUCCAAACAAAAUUAUAAUGUAGUUCCUCUACAGUGUCAUUCUCCAGAUUUGUUGCUCCGUGUUAAAAGGAUAA